ACAAUAAAUAUAUCACAUACAUCUCCUUUUCUUGCUUAUAAUUGGCCUGAUAAUGCUGUUGAGUGAAAAUACAGAAGGCCCAAGCGAAGUGCCAAAACUAAUACAGCCAAGAAGUCACAAGGCUAAAGUCUGUGUUUGGUCUGACUUGACAGUGAAUGAUGUUGACAGAAUUAAUGAAUCACUGAAUGCUGAUCACAUUAAACAAGUGUUGGCUGAUGUAUUCAAUUUGGAUGACCACAAAGAGAACCUGAAAACAGGCAUUGUGAUGGACCUGUAUUUCUACACACUGCAAUUUGCCAGGGACAACAACUUCACCAAAGAAAAAACAUCUGCAUUUUUUUCUAUUGUGAAGAAAACACAUGAAGUGUGCAUAGAGACACCAUUUGGAAAUCUAGAUCAGACUUUCAACUAUUUCAAAGAUCUACUCCUCUGUCAUGCUGUCAAUAGACCCCCACACAGUAUUGAAUUAUUUACACCCGACGAAAUCAGGAAAAUUACAGAGUAUACUGUCAACACUUACUUCAGACACUUCAAGAUGUACAAGUAUGCCUUCACACCUCUGGUUCGACUUGACCUCUCUUUGACCUAUACAGGAAUGCCAGAGACCCCACCCCCAUCAGAAGCUGCCGAGGCCCCAGCAGAAGAUGAUCUGGCUACAGAGGAGGCUCCAGAACCUACAGAACCAGAGCCGGCAGAGGAACCUCCCAAAGAACCAAAGUCACCAGAACCAGAAGAAUCCAAAGCACGCAAGGAACUACGGGCAAUGGUGCAGAGUUACUUAACUGAGGAAAUUAAGAAGAUGAAACUAUCCGUAGAAGAACAGCUGAAAGUUACAGAAGAUUCCCUCAAUAAAAAAAUAGACAUUGCCGAGGGUGGGGGAAACAAGUCUGGAAAAGGGGGUCGGGGAUCUGCCAAGGGGAAGAAAAAGUAAUCU